AUGGGCGACACACAGAAGAGCAAGCUUCAUCAGGAAAGUCCUGUGAGAGCUGAACUGCAUCUGUUCCCCUCCAGAAAGCUCACAGGAGAUACCCUCCAGGUUGCCGAUCAAAGACAGGACUGCUGGCAGGAGCUGGAGACAGAAAAUGAGGUGGAGACGACUUUUGGAAAGAGACGGGGAAUGGUAACUCCCCGUGGGAUGGAAGUCUGGGAGUGUGAGGACAGUGGCAGAGCCCGUAUCAGCAAGGUUAUCCUUGCUGGGGACAAGCCCGACCCACCCAUGUGUGGGAAUGGUGCCAUUUGGAUUCAGCAGGUGGGAGAGAAAACCUAUGAAUGUCCCGAGUGUGGGAAGAGCUUCAGCCGGAGCUCGUACCUGAGCCAGCACCAGAGGAUCCACCUGGCAGAGAAACCCUUCAGCUGCUCUGAAUGUGGGAAAAGUUUCACCCGCAACUCGGACCUGAUCAAACACCAGCGGAUCCACACCGGCGAGAAGCCCUACCAGUGCAACGAGUGCGAGAAGACCUUCAGCCAGAGGUCCAAUGUGAUCAGGCACCAGCGGACCCACACGGGAGAGAGACACUACCAGUGCAACGAAUGCGGGAAGAGCUUCAGCCAGAACUCACAUCUCAUCGUCCACCAGCGAAGCCACAAGGGUGAGAAACCCUUUAAUUGCCCCCGGUGUGAGAAAAGCUUCAGUGACCGCUCCUCCCUGAUCAUACACCGGAGAGUCCACACCGGAGAGAAGCCCCACAAGUGCCAGGAGUGUGGGAAGCGUUUCCGGGACAGCUCGGCCAUCAUUCGGCAUCAGAGGAUCCACACGGGAGAGAAGCCGUACGAGUGCACUGAGUGCGGAAAAACCUUCCGGCAGAGCUCCUCGCUGGUAACCCACAUGCGAACACACACUGGCGAGAAACCCUACAAGUGCCCCGUGUGCGGGAAGGGCUUUAGCCAGAGCUCGGCGCUCACCACUCAUCGCCGGAUCCACGGCGGGAAGGUCUUGCCCAUGUACCACGGCGGCCUCCUGCCCAGCCCCUACCAGUGCGCUGAGUGCGGCCGGAGGUGCAGCGACCGCUCCACGCUGGCCAAGCACCAGACCACGCAUGCCGAGGAGCGGCCCUACAUCUGCGUGGAGUGCGGGGACAGCUUCCGUCGGAGCUCGGCUCUCAACGUGCACCUGAGGAUCCACCGCGGGGAGAGACCCUACAAGUGUGAGGAGUGUGGAAAAACGUUCAGGCACAGCUCAGCCCUUGGUGCUCACCUGAGGAUCCACGCAGGAGCCAAGCCCUACGAGUGUGGCGAGUGUGGGAAAAGCUUCCGGAAAAGCUCGACGCUUAAAGUGCAUUUGAGAAUCCACGUGGCCAAGAAACCUUAUAAAUGUACGGUGGGUAGGAGAACGCUCUCUUCCCACUCACUUCUGCCAUAGGGCUGGAGCGGGUGUUCGGAGCAGGAAACAAAAGCAGUGUUUGGGUGCACCUGAAAAAGGUGGGUGAUGAGAACCACGGUGGGAAGGGACUGGCUGGAGACGUGGUAACUCUGGUGUCAGGGGUGGGUGCUUAACCCCAGCGGCACAAAAACCAUUAGGAGGUCUGGAAGCAGGGAGUUAGUCUCAAGAGCUGAGCGCUGGUGGUUCAGGAAGAGUGCUGAGAGCCUGAGGAAGGGGCACCAGCUUCUGGGUAAAUCGGAGACUGUGAACAUGCGGUAGAAUAACAACUGGGAGAAUCAGGCUUGUAAAAUAACUUUUCAACUAAAACGAAGAUCAAAAUAAAAAGUUCCAGGUUGGUUCUGACUCAAAACUUUGGCUUGUUAGACAGUGCAGUAGUCUUAGGAACUUUCUUUCUUUGUUACCUUCCCUUAUUUUUCAUGAAUGUAGUAAGUUUACCCAGAGCUUGACAAGGCGCUUCCAAAUCUUUUGAGUCUAAGACUUUGGAGCUGAACUUCAAUCUAUUUGGCUUUUCUUCCUCUUUUCCGAAUCUUACAUGGGACAAUGAAUACCUACCUCCGCACGCAAAGCCUGAGGGACAUGAUAGCCGAGUAAUGCAAAACCGUCAUGGCUGUUCCCAGAAAACAUGGAUGCGCAAGCAUUUCCAGUUGGAACGCCACCCAUUACUAGUCUGUGGCAGUUUCUCCCAAAUUUGUCCUUGCUGGUUUGAUGCACCUUCCAACACGGGACAUCAACAAAACACGGGCAAAAAUGUGGCCUUAUCUUACUUA